AUGCUGUUAACGCCUCUCGUCCUUCUUUUCAUGACGGUUGGGAUCAUCAUUGGAGGUGCUUCCUCACACGUUCGAGAAGUUUUCGAGAGAAUCAAGUUGGGAGGUGUCCCUGCUCCCAUUGCCGUUGGUCUGAUCGUCAUGAUGUGGCCUGUCCUAACAAGAGUGCAAUACGAAGAAUUCCCCACAAUCUUCUCCUCCCGGGCUAUAUGGGUGCACAUCGGGAUAUCCUUCGCCCUCAAUUGGAUCAUUGGGCCGCUGCUGAUGCUUGGCUUGUCCUGGGCUACGCUUCCCGACUCACCAAAAUAUCGCCUUGGCGUGAUUAUGGUUGGUAUUUCUAGAUGCAUAGCUAUGGGCAUGAUCUGGAGCAAUCUCGCGAGAGGAGACUGUGAUUAUUGUGCCAUUAUCGUGGUGUUCAACGCAAUUCUUCAAAUGAUCUUAUACCCCCCGUACGCUCUGUUAUUCGUUGAUCUAAUUGGAGAGCAUGACCCUAUCCACGUAUCAUAUGUAGCGACUGCAAUAUCUGUGUUUAUCUAUCUGGGAAUUCCCCUCGUUGCUGGAGUUGUCACUAGAUAUACUGUCUGGGCGCUGAAAGGCAAAGAAUUUAUGAACGGAACAUUCAUCCCGUCCAUUGCGCCCAUCGCUCUUCUCGGUUUACUCUAUGCCAUUCUCGUUCUGUCCGCAUACCAAGCGCAUCGCGUCAUCCGCGACAUUGCUCCCCUCAUCCGCGUACUCCUCCCUUUGGCCUUGUAUUCCGUGAUCAUGUUUGCGUGCACACUAGUCAUGAUGUUCUCUCUCUCAAAACGAGAGGGUAACGGAAACCGUCGCUUUGCGUACGAUGUGGCAGUUGUUCAAGCGUUCACCGUUUCUAGCAAUAACUUUGGCUCUGCCAUCGGUAUCGCCAUUGCAAUGUAUGGUAUUAAUUCAGAGGAAGCUCUCCCUGCCAUGAUCGCGCCUCUCGCUGAUAUUCCCGUGCUCCUUGCGUUGACGUGGCUAGCCCCAUACGUUAAGAAAAAGGUCCAAUGGGGGACACUCGAAUCCGUAUCUGAUCGUAGGAAGAGUAGAUUCGAGUUGAGGGUCAGAUUGGAUUUCCAUCAGUAUACCGACGAACAGCAUGAUACGACGGUGAAGAAGGACUCGGAAAGCCUCUUUUCGACCGCCAAGUCAUUGACUAGACUUUCCCUACCAGGAUGUACUGUUUAAAACGUCUUUGGGUUUUAGAUUCACUGGUAUGUCACCUACUCUGAACGGGGUGUUAGGUGAACCCACUGAGUAUGUACCAAUAGUUAUGUCAGGAUCUUAUAAUUGACACAAAGAACUGUUCUUGAGC